ACUGACAACCGCGUGGUGAGUACUGAGUGGUAAUACCCGCAUUAUGUUCGUCAUAAUUUUGUUAUUGUCAAAGAUUUGGUAGUGGCAUUGAGUGGAAUGAACAUCUCGGAUGGAUUAUUUGUAUUUUUGCACGAGUUAUCUUUAAUAAAUCUGAUGAAUUCAAGACUAAGAAAGUAUCAUUUUAUUAAACGUAAAAAUGAACUUUGAAAACGAUUUGGAGCAGAAUCCAAAUUCAUAUGAUGAUGGCCAUGACAGUGAUCUUGAAGCUAGGCUUUAUGCUGAAAUUCAUUUUUCUAAUAACAUCAUAGGAGAAGAAACUAAUUCAACAACUAACAAUCAACCAGCAGAUACUCCGAGUUCUGGUUUCAAAAAAAUAGACAAUGAUGGACCAACUGAAAAAGUAGUAAAUGAACCUGUUCAAACACAAAAUAGUAGUGCAAAUAAUGGAUCAAACAACAGUGCAGUACCACCUUCCAUUGCAAUAGCACAAAAUGAGAGUGAAACAAACAAAAAUAAUAAAACGUCUCAGAAACGAUCAGCUGUUAAUGAUAGUGACGAAUUGAACGAAUCUAAUAAAAAAAGAAAACCAAGCCACAAUAAUGAAUCUGGAUCUAACAAACAAGUAAAAGAGUAUGUUCAACCAGAAGAUUCAAAUAAAAUUAUUAAUCCUUACAAUAAGAAUGUCAGUCACACACCAGCAGUUGGCAUGCAACUUUUAGAUAAAGAAUUUAUAGAUUUAUUGUUUGGAAAACGUUCAAAUAAUAAAAAGAAAAUAAAAACCACCAGUAAGCAAGCAAAACAAAAGAAAAAUGUUAAACAAACAAAUAAUAAAGUUCAGCAACAAAAUAAAACACAAGCUAAUACAUCCAGAGUAGUAAUUGAGAAUGAACGAACUUAUACAGAUGUACCAAUGGACAAAGGAAUCCCACAAAAUAGUUUUCUUGAAUCAUCAUCAGUCAUUGACAUCAGUUCAGAAGAUUCUACAGAAGAUGAUUCUAAGUAUAAUACAACGAUAGCGACUGAUAAAAAACUUGGUAAAAAGAAGGCUGCAGUUAUGGAAUCGGAAGAUUCUUUAUCCGAUAGUGAAGAAUCUAUUUUUGAAGUUCCAGUUCCACCAAAACCAGCACCACCUAUUAUUGAGUUGAAAGAUUCUGGAAGUGAAGUUGAUAGUGGAAGUGAAAGUGACGAUGAUAGCUCUUCUAGUGAUUCUUCUAUUUCACAUAAAAGUAUGACUCAAAACAAAGGUGAUCAAUCUUUGAAUUCAACAACAGCUACUACUGAUAAUGAAUAUAAUACUGAUGCUACAAUUAAUGAACCAGAUAAUAUUGUUCUGAAUUGCACAGAAAUUGAAAGAGGGGUUUCUAGUCUAAGUGAAAUUAAAGAAAUGAGCCAAUCAUCUAGUAAAAAACAACCAUCUCUGAAUGCAAGAGACAAUACACCAGAUGUCGAAAAACAGCAAAGUAGUUCACAUAGUAGUGAUAUGUGUAGAUCUAAAGAACCACAAAAUCAAUCGAAUAAUUCUUUUCGCAAAGAAAAAGUAUCUAGCACUUCAAAUAAGAAACAGAGUGAAUCUGGUCGUAAUAGUAAGACACUUUCAAACGAAGAAUAUUUCUUUCAACCCAUGAAUGCUGCGAUGAAAGCUUUUUAUAACGAAUCUUGGGGUGGAGAAAAUUUUGAUAUGGAUAAAUUGAAAAACAAAAUGUCAUCUGAUCCGAAAAAAUGGGCAAUUUUGAAUGAUGAUAUAGUUGCUAGCUUUGUUAAACGUAAACGGUAUUUUGGAAUGGUUUGCAGUCGCUGUCAUAAAGAUGGACAUCGGCAAAAUCAAUGUACUGAAAUAAGAAAACUGCCAACUUGUCACAUGUGUGGACUAACAGGACACACUGAAGUUUCUUGUCCUAAAAAAAUAUGUUUGACGUGCGGUCAAAAGCAAAAUAUGUACAGGAAAACUUGUGAAAAUUGUCGAAAAAUAUCUUGUUCAAGAUGUCAAUCCCGUGGACACUUGUCACAUGAUUGUCCAGACUUAUGGCGUCGUUAUCAUCAAACUAUUAAUAAAGGAAAUGCAGAACCUCCGGACAAUUUGAGAUUGAUUUUUAAAUCAAGGAAUGAGUUGCAGUGUUGUAACUGUGCAAGAAAAGGUCAUGUCUCAGCAGUAUGUAAUAAACUUCGAUGGUCUCAACAUUUUCCAAAUCCUGAACAUGUAACAAAUUACAAUGGUCCAGCUUACUUUCAAGAUAACGAACCAUCCAGAAAUGCAAAUGACACUAUCGAAAGUUCAACUAACAGAAGUUCAAUAUGUAAUAGUUCAUUUAAUAUUGACAAUACAGUAGAUAGUUUGAUAAAUUUAGAUUCUAGGUGUGAAGCAUCUUCCCAAAAUCAAAGCUUGGCAACUAGUCCUGCAAAUACCGUGAGAGAACCGGGAAAACCAUGGAGUUUUGAAGUAAAACCAAAACUAAUUGAUGAAUCAGCAACUUUGAAAACAAGUACCUUGAUGUUAGAUAUGCGUGACAAGAAUGCUUUAAACGAUUAUGGAAACUGGACAUAUUUGGUAAAAUUUUUGAAUUCAUUGGUAGCGGUCACACCGGCUGAAUUCAUGAUGCAACAAUAUGGCAAACAGGUAAAAAUACGAAUGAAAUGUAUAAAGAAAUACCAAAAGCAUAUAACGCAACUCAUCCAACAAUAUGCAUCUCGGAACAAUAAUGAAAGAUCUCACAUGUUAAUGACUUGUGAGAGACGUAUUUUUAAAGUUACAAAUACUUUGACUGAGAAACUGAAUGAAUUGAAAGAUUUGAACGAAGACCCAAUUAAAUUAUAUGAAGAAUCAAAGCAACUAAACUGGGAGUUGAUGAAUAAAGAAAACCGCGUUUUAGACAGUCUUGACUAUUCGUUGAAAGUCAGUAGAUUAGCCCAUUGUCAACGAAAAUUAUUAAUGACUCUCUAUCGAGAAGGAUUCCUUGAUGAUUCACUUAAGAAACUAAGACGUAUUUAUAAAAAUUUAACAACUACUAAACAGUACAUAAAAAAGCCUCAUAAAAUGAUGGCAUUCAAAAACUUUUUUCCAUAUUUACAUUAUUUUAAUAAUGUAUUUUCACCACAUGAACAUUCAGAAUUAAACACUGCGAUGCGAAAGUUUCAAGAGCAUUCAGCAAGAUGCGACAGGCUUAAGAAUAAUCCUUUAUUAUUUCCUCAAAAUCAUCAUGGACUCAGUAAUGAAUCAAAUCAAAACGUGAGUUCUAGUAACAACAUCGCUGCGUUAGAAAUGCCGUCGACAUCUUAUAUACCUCCAUUACUGCCAAAUUACACUCCAGCCGCAAACCGAUCUCAAGGCCGCCCAAAAACCACACGUGAAACGCAACGAAACAGUGCCGAGCACUUAAAGUACCUCAAAAAACAUCCUCGUGGUUUAUUCUUGGAAUCAGUACAAAAUAACAAAAAAGGACCAAAAUCUAAACUGACAAAGAAAAUGAAUAAUUUUCAAGAAGAAACUAAAAGAUUGAUAGAUACUGCGAAAGAAUUGAAUUUACCACACUUGCAUAAGCACAUUGAUAUACUACAAAAGAAAAUGCAAAAUGAAAUAUAUGUUUACGAAAAGGACGUUAAACUAUUGCAGCAACAUGUCAAUGAAGAAUUGAAACGUCGUGGAGAGAGACGGAGAUAAUGACGGAUGUGAAAUGGAGACCUGUAAACCUAUGUAAAUUGACCAGAUUUUUAUAAUUUAGAAUCUUUAAGAUCUAUUGUAAAAAAUAUCUGUUACGGAAAAAAUAACGAAAAUGUAUGUAAAAAUAAAACGUAUAGUUAAAAUUGCGUUAUUAAAUGGACUAUAUUUAAA